GCUACAUCUUUUCUAGUACGCGGCCGCCGCUAUCCCCGCCCGCUUGUGUGCGCGGCUCUUCUCAUCAAUAAAAAUAACUGUGCCGUUUGCGCCGGGGCGCCCGUUCGCCGUGUCCGUUCUGUGUGCAGUGUAAACGAGUCAGUUGGCGGAAGCUCGCCGCGAGUGCUGUUACGCCAGUGCAGUGCAGUGUGUGCAUUUCGUUUUCCAUUUCGACCUCGUUUACAUGUCUGUGUAAUAUUACCGGACGCGAGGCCGGCGCGCCGCUGUGGCUUUCUAUCGGGCGCGCGGGACGACCGAGACGCCCAAUCGAUGAACCGCCGAGUUCUCGCCGAAUGACAGCUCGCACAUUGAUCGGGUUCGAUCCAGCCGAAUGGUGAGUGGAUGACGAUCUCCGCGCGCUCCCCGGAUAAGGAGCCGUCGCCGCCAAAGCAGAUCAACUUAGCGGAGCCGCUGGUCGAGUCGGUGCGCGUGUACCUCGCCAAUGAGCUGCCUUCCAAGCAGCUAGCGCUGGUGCCGUGCGCACCGUCGCACGCCUCGCCGCAGCCCUCGCCGCCCGCCACGCCGCCGCUCUGCGAUGUCGACAUAGCGAACCACACGGCUCGCGAGGAGAUCAAAGGAAUUAACUUCGAGGCGCGCCUUAAGCGGAAUGACUUAAACAACAACGCGUCACGACAACAGAACGAACGUCGCCAGAACGGGGAAAUGCCCAGCCAAGCGGAACUGAUGCAGAGGCAACCGCUUCUGGCGCGCACCACUAAGGCGGACGCGCCGCAGCCCACCACCGACGAGUCCGACCCCGACCAGGACCACUCGCCGCAGCGCACGCACGCCGGUGACUUCGUCGUUGAGAUACCGCCCGGCACUGUCCGCGAAGAGAGAUAUCCCAAAGAAAUAUGGAAGACGAUAGUGUCUUUUUUCUUCCUGUUCUUAUGUGUGUGCAUAAACAUGAUGUCUUUGUCGUUGGUGCACGAACGUUUGCCGGACAGAAACUCUACGCCGCCACUCAACGACAUCGUGCUAGACAAUGUAGCCGCCAGAGACUGGGGGCUACCGGUGUCCGAGUACCUCAUUAUGAUAUCCACAACAGUUGCCAUGCUCGUAGUGGUGUUCCACAAGCAUCGGUUCAUUGUCGCGCGGCGAUUGUUCUUCAUCAUCGGCCUGCUGUACCUGUACCGGUCGGUCACCAUGUUCGUGACUGUGCUGCCGGUCUCCAGCACCACCUACUACUGCAGUCCGAAAAGCAACAGUACGGCGCCCUUGCUCGUCAUCAGGAGAAUGUUCUACUUGAUAUCCGGCUUCGGGCUGUCGAUUAACGGCAAGCACACGUACUGCGGCGACUACAUAUACUCGGGGCACACGAUGGUGCUCGUGCUUAGUUACCUGAUCGUGGCGGAGUACUCGCCCAAGAAGUUAUGGCCCGUCCAUUGGGCGAUGUGGGGCUCUGCGCUGAUGGGCGUGUCGUUCGUGUUGCUCGCGCACGGACACUACACGGUGGACGUGGUGAUUGCGUACUACGUGACCACGCGGCUGUUUUGGGUGUACCACUCGCUGUUGGUGACGCCGUACCGCACCGGCAACGGCUACAAUCAGUACAUGAUCCAGCGCGAGUGGUGGUACUGGCUGUUCUCUUACCUGGAGCGCAACGUGCGCGGACCGGUGCCGCGCCGCUACGACUGGCCGCUGCCAUGGCCCCGCACCAAGCUCUUCAACCGGCUCAGCUAGUGACGCGCGCGCGGGACGCUGCCGCCGCCGGAACGCGUAUGACGCUCACCUUCUGCGAGUGCCGCUUGAGGACCUGCAGCUCCUUGGGGCUGGUGCGCGUGCAGAUGGCCAGAGUGAGCGUGUAGUCGAACUGGUGCACGAUCAGGUUCAAGUAGACCGUCUCCUCCCAGUCGAUCUCCGGAUCGCCGAUGGGCAGCUUCUUCGAGUCCUUGCGGAACACCUCGACGUCCGUCUGCGAACAAGCGCAAUCGGCGGACCGGUGAGCCUAGCGGCGGCGCCGUCCGGCGUCCUACGUCCGAUCUAUGUGGCUGUGCUUAACUAUGUAACCGUAGUAACCGUGGACCCUGGACACUGGACACGCCGACUCUCGCCGCGAGCGAGCGCGUGCGACACGUGUACCGUGUGAGGUGACACACUGACUGUAUCGUUCGCUUUUGUUGUUAAAUCAAAUCAAAUUGUAAGUUCAGUUAUUUUGACGCGGAACAAUAAUUAUAAUCAUUGAAGUGUUGAUGAAAUUUUUGUUUUUGUAAAUUGUAUAUUUUAUAAGUGGUUAUUGAACGAUCAAUAUAAGAGUAUAGUAUUUAUUAGAAAAUUGUACUGUGAUGCAUGUGUGUGCGUGUGGCUCGUGUUUCUCCUGCGAGAGAGUGAUGGAGAGAGAAUGCGGCUCGGUGCGCGCGACGCCACGCCGAGACCGGCCACGCGUGACGCGCACCUUACAUACCUAACUAGUUGUUGUAAUGUCACACUACUGUAAGAAAUAAUAUUUUUAUAUCGUUACAAUAAAGUACAUACUUAACUGUUGUUAAACGAUACUUUUAUAUGUAUAUCCAAAGAUUCGUCUGAUGUAACUCAUCCAAAUGGUGCUACAGUAAUAACAAUAUGAGAAUAAUCGCGCAAAACCAAAAACGCACACAAUCAGUUGAAAAUUGAACAUUCCGCGCGGUGUCAGUUACAUCACACAACCCCCGCUGAUGCCUCCGACACGUCAGUGCUCGUUGCCCACAGAUGACAUCGACAAUACACUUAUCGCAGUGAACUCUGCAAGACAUAUGGACAACAGACACGGUGCUUGGCAAUGUUUAGCAAACACCAGCGAGUUUCUUGACACUUUCGCGUGAUCGCAUUCCCUGGCAUACGUAUAACAGUGACAUACAAUUGUCCACACAUUAUAAUAAGAAUACGUUAGUGUGAAACACAAUGACAGUGCAACAUAACUCAUAAUACAGCAGUCAAAUAUAACAUGUAUGUAUCGUGUAACGUGUAUGUUGGGGUGUAAUGUUAUUUACGCGAAAGUUAACUACAUAGAUAAUGUGUACUUUUGGCAGUCGAUCUCAAAUUUUAUUGCUUUAACUAUUCUUGUCGAAAACACCAGUGUGGAAACAUUCUAGUUUUCUAGUUUGGAGGUUAUUAAACUCAACUGUCAUGCAUAAUGCAAUUGAGCAUCAUGAGACUUGCCCUCUGCAUUCUCAAAUUGACGAGCCCAGUACAAUGUAUUACUGUUAACGAGUACACAUACUACCAUCAUAGUAACGACAUGCUCCUACGAGUACAAGCCAUAUUGUAUAAAAUUUUACGGCAAAAAUAAUGAAUUGUUACAAACACUGCACCACUUGCAACUACGAUUAAAGCAAUCUUACAACACGACUCGCCAUUGUUCACCAAACAAAAAGUAAAGUUUUAAAUUAGUUAGCUAUUUUGACAUUCUAAAUUCUGAACAAUGAAUUACAAUGCAUGCUAAUUACUUCAGUUUCGGGAUUAGUAAUUGUCAUUUACUUAAAAAUAGUGUCAUAAUACCCUGCUGACGAAUGUCAACAACUUAUAGACCGUGGAGGAUGUAGGUCUUCACAGAUAAAUUUCUGACAGUGUAAACAAAUUGGACUUCAUGCAAGGCCACUACAAUACGAGUAUAGCACUGUAUAAUCUUAUGUAGGCUAUUUUAUGUUUUUAGUAUAUUACUAAAGGUACACAAAAUAGCAAUGACAAUAGUCCCAUCUGUUAGGAUACCUACACGUUUAUGUUUUUCUUUAAUUUCUUAAUAAAAUAAUUUUAAUAACUUCUAAUCAAUACACAUUUAGUACCGAACUAUUGUAGUAGGUAUCUUCCAUAUUAUUAUUCACUCUAAACGGCUACUUUAAACUCGUAUGAACUGCAAGUUAUAUAUGCUAUCAAGACUGCAAACUGUAAUAUGCAGUUCAGAAUAAUAUUAAUUUAAACCCACACAAAUUGAAACUAUUGUUAGUAUCCUGUAGAUUUGAAUGAAAUAUUGAACACGAGCUUUGUUUACACUGUCUGAACUUUGAAACUACUGCAAACAGUCACAAGGCACGUGUAGUGUGAUGAUCCCACUCACCUCAUACUUGGGCAGGUAGCGCGAGGAGCCCUUCACGUGCCGCUUCCGCACGAAGAACAACAGGUCGUCGCAGUCGAUGGACUGCUCCUCUUGGAACAGGAAGUGGCGUACAAACAGAUCGGUCCAGUACGUCGUGCCCUGCAGCACCACGAACCCGCACUCUGCAACACACAACAGUCACUACUUAGUGCCGAUUUAUCAAGGCUUAAGGCUACCUGAUCGCAGGCUUCAACGCGGGUGACGAUGCGCCGAACGAACUCCAAAGCAAAUAAUUUACUUUAAACGAUGAUUUUCGACUGAUGUCACUUCGUUGCGCAAAUUGUUUCUGUAGGUCUGAGCUGUGCGUAAUAGAAAUGUUAUGUUAUUUGAUGUUGAAAUGUCAUCAGCAGUACUCUAUAAAAAUGGAAUAUAUUAUGUUCAGAGACAUCACGAUAGCCGUCACCUUGUAAUAUUCGUUUAGUAUCCGACUUUCACAAUUGAUCAACAUUGACUCUAAGUUAAUACCAAAAUAAAGAACAGCUUUGUUGAAAUCUUAUUAAGUCCAUUUACCACUUUAUUUUAAUGGAUAGUUGGUCGUUUAUUAAGCUUCAAAAACGAUUAUUUACGUCAGUAAAACUAUAGUAAUGACGUUACUACAUAAAAUUUCUGUACUGUUGUUACCUGUGAUUGUUAAAUUAAAUGUUUCAAAUAUGACUAAUUUAUGUUUAACUAAGUGGUAUUUUUGUUGAGAAUUAUAAUUAGUUAAGUGGAACAUAAAUUAAAUAUGUUAUUAUUUUUAAUAGAGUUAACAAUGCUACAGCGGCGCAGGAGGCGGAGUGGUCGCUCUAUGUUAAUAUAUACGUACAUACAUACCAAUGCCGAAACCCCACAGAUUACUGAAUUAUGUUUAAAUGUUUAGGAUAAGUAUUUAACAUAUUUAAUAAUUUUCAUGAGUUAAAACAGAUAUUAUGAUUUGAUUGUUGAAAUUGUUUAGUUUUAAAUUCUAUUUAAUUAAUUAAUCAUUGAAACCUUGAGACUUGUGAGAAUAAAGUUGUUCCUUUGAUGGCUAUAGACAAUACCCUGUUUGAGGAAGUUCGCUUACAUGUGUGGUCACAUUGGCAGAUUUAAUAUAGGAAGUACAUCACUUACCUACUUACACAAUAGAUAAUUUCUUAAUAUGUUCACUAUUCAUAAUAUGAUAUUUUAGGUAAGAAAUGUACCUUUCUUUGAUUGUUUAGCCAACGUAGUAUAUUAUGAGUUAGGACCCAAUGCGGCAAUAUCUUGAGUUUGGAUAAAUAUUUUAACAUUUUCUUUCAAUUUAGACACACGUUUGCUCUUUAAUGAUUUCUGUGAAACUUGGGGCUUCUAUUUUCUAAAUUGUUCUAAUGUUACAGUUUAUACACAAUAUUUUGUUGGCUUUUAUUGACACUUGUAUAUACGUUAUAUUAUGCCUACUUAAUAAUUUUAAAAUAUUGUGGAUUUUGAUCAUCGUAUAAAUGUGCCUUUGUUUAAGAAUUGUUUAAAGAAUAUUUAAUUAUAAAUAAUAUGAUCAUUAUGGCGGAAAUGGAUGAUAAACUGUGGUUUCAUGAAAUGUAACAAACUCGAAGCAGCCAAUUAAAAUAUGGAAAAUGAUA